CCCGGCCAUUUCCCCGUAACUGAAUCCCAAAUUCCCAAGUUUCAAAUAUAUUUCGUCCUCUGAAAUUUAGACCGGAUAUUAUAUCUUUAGGCUGGUAACUGGUAAGCCCCUUUCAUGGUUUUUUAGUGGCCUUCGUCUUCAACCUCGUAUCUAUUUCUUUUGGCCCCCCAAAAAACCCUCCUGUCUAAUUCAUUUUAAAUUCCCAACAUCUUUUUCAAAUAGCGUUUGACCUCAAAAAAGAAAAUCAUAAAAAAAAUAGAUAAAAUAAUUAGUUUAGUUUGGUUGUAGCAAUCUAGAAGGUGUAGCAGGUUGGGUGGAAAGGAUGAGGACUCUACCAACAACUUUUACUCUCUCCUUAGUUUCACGCUUAAAUGUCUAUAAAACCCCUCCAUCUUCUCCCAUGUUUCAUUUUUGCCACUCUCGUUUCUUUUCAAUUCCUCCUCCCAGACCUCUCUCUAUCAUGGCCUCUGCAACUCAACCUUCUUCUUCUCAGGCUGUCUCUCCUGAGGAUGUUAAUAAAGAAACCAAUAUAUUUCAGUUAAUUCAAGCUCACCAGGAGAAGGCUGCUAGGCUUUCUCCGGUGGAGGAAAUCCGUACUGUUCUUGAUCAAAGCACGCGCGGUAUGCUUUCAACUUUUUCACAGAAGCAUGAGGGCUAUCCAUCAGCGUCGAUGGUUGACUUUGCGUGUGAUGCCAAUGGAUCUCCGAUAUUAGCAGUUAGCAGCCUGGCAGUUCAUACAAAGGACUUGUUGGCUAAUUUCAAAUGCUCGUUGCUUGUCGCUAGAGAUCCUGAAGACAGGACUGAUUUAGUAAUCACUCUGCAUGGUGAUGCUAUUGCUGUAUCCGAAAAAGAUCAAGCAGCCAUUCGAACUGCUUAUUUGGCUAAACACCCAAAUGCAUUCUGGGUGGACUUCGCUGACUUCCAAUUUAUGCGCAUUGAACCAAAGGUUGUGAGAUAUGUAUCAGGUGUUGCGACAGCUUUGUUGGGAUCAGGAGAGUUCAGCAGAGAGGAGUACCAGGACUCGAAAGUUGAUCCAAUAGCUCAGUUCUCUAAGCCUGUUGCGUCUCACAUGAAUAGGGAUCAUGCUGAAGACACAAAAGUCAUUGUACAAUUCGCAACGUCAAUCCCGGUAGACAAUGCUUACAUGCUGGAUUUGGAUAGUCUUGGAUUCAAUGUCAAGGCUGGUUAUCAAGGGAAUACUUUCAAGCUUCGAGUUCCUUUUCCUAGACGUGCAGAAGAUAGAAAGGAUGUCAAAACCCUCAUAGUUGAUAUGCUCCAAGCUGCUCGAUCUCAAGUCAACUGAUCACACUGCUAAAAGUGACCCAAGUGGAUAUUGUGUUACAGUUUCUUCAAACUUCUCCAGAAUAUGGACCAACAUAUAUUUCCAGAAUUCAUCCAAUAAAAAUACAAUUACAGAAGACAAGCAGCUGGGAUAAUUCAGCUUUCUGCAUCUUAUACCUCGGAAACUUUCAUUUCAAGUUAUUACUAUUACAGUCUAUGAUGCCAUUUGAAAGUUGAAACUAAGGGACGUGAAACUGGAUUGUGAUUAUAUACUUUGCCAGGGUAUAAUAUUUUCUUCUUUCCACUAACAAAGUGGAGUUGGAUAAAAACAUGAACUAUUGGAGGUGGAAUAUAACUUGAAAACAUGAUACAA